AUGGCGGAAGGCAGCAGAAUCAUUAGAAAGGAUCCUUUUGACAUAUUCCCACUUGAAAUCCUUCAUUCAAUAAUCAGCCUCUUUUCUCGCAAGACUUUGUUCUCUUGCAUGCUAGUGUCCAAAGCAUGGUCCAAUAUCUCAACUCCUGCGCUUUGGAGAUCACCACGUACAAAGGAGGCGAACAAAUGGAAGUCACUUUUGCAAACACUUGCCAAGACUCCCAGAUACCGACAAUAUAUCGAACGGUUAGACUUCGAUGGCAUUUACUACAUUGUCACCGAUGAAUUUAUAAUAGAUCUGCUAAGCAUGUGCAAGGAGCUGAGAGAAUUGAUUAUUAGUGAACCCAGAAAUUUAUCUGAUGCUUCAAUAGAUGCGAUAGGAAAGCACUGCUAUAAAUUGACUCGGUUGCACUUACAAUCAUGUACUAGGAUAACAGAUGCAGCGAUCGUAAGACUUGUUGAAAAAUGCAAGAAAUUAAGAACCGUUAACAUCGAAAGAUCAGUCCAUCUUUCUAAUUUGGCAGUCCGUGCACUCUCUGUCAGCUGUCCUGAUAUUCUCUCACUCGACUUUUCUGAACUUGCCAAGAUAGAUGAUUCAUCCAUCGUAGAAUUAAGUCAUCAUUGCAUGAAACUCCAGUCAAUCAGUCUUGUGCAUUGCAACUAUAUUAGUGAUGAUUCUGUCAUCGCGCUGUCAAUGCUACCGUCACUGCGAGAAUUGAGAGUGUCUAGAUGUAACCAAGUGACUGAUGCAUCUUUGUUUGCAUUGGGAACCCGUGCAAAAGAGCUGAGGCAAUUGGAUAUCGAACGAUGUGAUCGCGUGACCGAGGAUGGUGUAAGAUCUGUCGUUGUUGGGUGUCCUAAAUUAGAAUUAUUGAGAAUUAACUCACUCUAUGGGAAUUUAUCAAUUGCAUUUGUGAUGGAAAUGGAGGAAAUGAGGAAUACGUUGGUAAUUCAUAGAGUCUGA